AAAGGAGAAAACCUCCUCGACCAGUGUGACUUCGGUAUUUCCUCCAGUUUUAAGCUGACACGUUGUUAACCGGAUAUGCUGUCCACGUUGAAAACACAGCCACGACUUUUGAAAACUCGAUCGGUCGAUGGUGUGGAAGAGAUGGGCCAAAUACACAGACAACAGGGCAGACAAUGAAGGUUAAAUUCCACUCCGAUGGUUCGACUUCUCUCACGGGAUUUAAGUUGUCCUUUACGGCCGGCGAACCAACAUCUGACUUUUCUACGUCCACGAACAUUGGAGCCAUACUGGGAGGUGUAUUAGGCGGUAUCACAGCUGUAGCUAUUGCAACCUGCUGCUACUGUGGACUUUGUUCCAGGAAGAAAUCCAAUCCCAACGGCCAACAGCAGCGGAACGGAUCGUAUGAAGGCACCGUCUCUUUCAUCAGCAUCCCCAGCAACCUUCAAACUACGCCUUCUCCACCUACUGCUCCUACUGUUUUGCCAUUCAUUUCCCCACCACCUCCUUCUUACGAUGAUGUUGUGAAGGAUGAUCCUCCACCGUAUUGUCAGGCAGUCCCACUAUCAGACAUACAGCCUGUUGUGACGUCAUCCGCUAGCUGUGCAUCUCAAUAUCAAGGGAUAUAUAAUCCAGCAGGACCCAUUUGAGAGUGACAGUUUUACAUGACGUACAUGUUUGUGUUCCUGGAGUCAACAAGGAAGAGUCUUCCUCCAUAUUAGUUUUCUUAUUUGCAGGUUGGGAGAGGGUAGAAUCAUUCCAUACCAUACUUUUUGAAAAUCUGCUGUUGAUGAUCAUUUAAUAUGCAAAAGUUAAGCUCAGCAACAUUACAGCCAAUUUAAAAAUAAAAUCUAUUUACCUGACUUUUUGCAUAUUGGCAUUUUAAUGAGACUAUAGAAUAUCCCCCCCAUUUUCGUGGAAUCUUUUAAUUU